CGUCACCUCAUUAUCAGCGGUCGUCCUGUUGGGACUCAGCGCUGUCUGUGCCGCUUUGCUUCGCUUGCAGUCUCCACGGCACCUCUCGUCUUCGCGUGUGUGUGAGAGAAAGCGACCCACUGCCUCAACACUUACCGGGGACGCUAGGCUAUCUGUUUCGUGGUGAGAGAGCCAAAUACAUGCUGUGGUCGAACGGAGAGACUGGGUUGUAGCCGGAGAGGAGAGGGUGUCUGUCCGCCUUUACUUCCACAACCAGCGAUAAAUCUACUUUGAUUCGCCCGCUUUGCUAACAAGCUAACUGGGAAUGUUUUCAGAAACUAGGCAGGUAGUUAGCUCGCUAGCUAGCUAGCUAAUGCGGCUGUUUAAACUCUGUAUAAAUGUACCAAACACAGUUAAUGAUACUUGUAUGUGUCGGUACGUUUUUGAGAUGUUUUAGGCGACGUUUACAGAUUAAAUGCUGAUUUGUUUUAGGGCUCAUGUUCCCUUCUGGUUGGUAAUAUGUUAAAAGAGUUAACUAUUCAGGCAACAAGUCUGGUUACACACAGACUCAAGUUGGUGCUAUUUUUGCGUCGUCGUUGUUUCCGUAUGGCUCUCGUUAGCUAACAAGCGAUACUCUGUGUUAAAGUAAAUAUUUGGAGCAAAGUAAAGGCAGGGAAAGUAGGAAGCCACUUUCGGUGCCCAGAUUUGAGUGUAUCUGUUCACUCAGUUUUACAGGAGAAGCGGUUGUCAAUAAAUCGAUUCUAUUAUUGACGAGGAGACGAGGUGUGGAUGAACAUUAUAAAUCGCCCACAUGCGUUGGAUCAGCUCCCGGAUCUGUGAAAGACAUCUGAAGCAGAAGGUGGGAGACGUGAGCGCACAGCCCUUGCAGCCCGUGGGAAGAUGGCGGAGCGUUCCCGCAGGAGGUGGUGAAACCAAAACUUGUGGACGACUUGGAUUUAUCGCCAGACAUCUUAUUUUACAUCGAAGGACACAUGCAGGCCAAAAAACGCUACUUAAUUCUAUUCUCCGCCAGUGCGUGUCUCAUCCUGCUGUUUUGUUUUGGAGGGAUACAAGUCCCGCUCUCCAGACGGGGACACAGUCGGCGUGAUGACAGCCUCACUGGUUAUCACUCGGGGGCUCGGUGGCGUCGCCUCCCCGGCUACCUGCAGCAUUUCAGCUCCUGGGACCAAGACUGGAGCGAUGACCACAAUGAGCAUCUGUCACCUAGGCAGAAGAGGGACGCCAACUCAGGCGUUUACUCUGGGAAACGCUGCAGAAUGGAGUCCUGCUUUGAUUUCUCCAUGUGUGAGAGGAAUGGUUUUAAAAUUUAUGUCCACCCCCAGCAGAAAGGAGAUAAGAUGUCAGAGAGUUACCAGAACAUCUUGUCCUCCAUUGAAGCUUCGAGGUUUUAUACACCUGACCCAGCACAGGCAUGCUUGUUUGUCCUGAGUCUAGACACACUGGACCGGGACCAGCUUUCACCCCAGUAUGUGCACAACUUGAGAGCAAAAAUCCAGAGCCUUCCUCUGUGGAAUGGGGGCAAGAACCACAUGAUCUUCAACUUGUACUCCGGCACCUGGCCAGACUACACGGAAGACCUCGGCUUCGACAUUGGCCUUGCCAUGUUGGCUAAGGCCAGCUUCAGUACUGAGAACUUUAGGCCAAACUUUGAUGUUUCAAUUCCACUUUUCUCUAAAGACCACCCUAAGACAGGAGGUCAAAGAGGGUACCUCAAGCAUAAUACCAUACCCCCUUAUCGGAAGUAUAUGCUUGUCUUUAAGGGGAAGAGGUACCUGACUGGAAUAGGUUCAGACACAAGGAACGCUUUAUAUCAUGUUCAUAACUCAGAGGAUGUGGUCCUCCUCACCACUUGCAAGCAUGGGAAGGACUGGCAGAAGCACCAGGAUGCACGCUGUGACAAAGACAAUGCAGAAUAUGACAAGUAUGAUUACAGGGAGAUGCUGUACAACUCCACUUUCUGUCUGGUGCCUCGAGGACGAAGGCUGGGCUCCUUUCGCUUUUUGGAGGCUUUACAGGCAGCUUGUGUGCCUGUGAUGCUGAGUAAUGGCUGGGAGCUUCCCUUCUCGGAGAUCGUCGACUGGAAUACGGCAGCUGUGAUUGGGGAUGAAAGGCUGCUUUUACAGAUCCCCUCAACAGUGCGCUCCAUCCACCAGGAUAAGAUUCUGUCCCUUAGACAGCAGACGCAGUUUCUAUGGGAGGCUUACUUCAACUCUGUGGAGAAAAUAGUACUGACCACACUGGAGAUCAUCCAUGACCGGGUACUGCAGCACACCUCGAGGAGCAGCCUCAUGUGGAACAGUCUGCCUGGAGGUCUUUUUACUCUGCCUCGCUACUCUACAUAUAUGGGAGACUUUCCUUUCUACUACGCUAAGCUGGGUGUCAAGCCAUACCCCAAGUUCACAGCGAUCAUCCAUGUGGUGACACCGCUAGUCUCCCAGUCGCAGCCAGUCAUGAAGCUGCUCGUGGCUGUGGCUAAGUCUCAGUACUGUGCUCAGGUGAUAGUUCUGUGGAAUUGUGAUAAGCCUCUUCCUGCGAAGUAUCGCUGGCCUGCCACCUCAGUUCCCGUCAUUGUGAUAGAAGGAGAGAGCAAGGUGAUAAGCAGCCGCUUCCUGCCCUACGACACCAUCCCCACCGAUGCUGUGCUGAGUCUGGAUGAGGACACUGUGCUGUCCACCACAGAGGUGGACUUUGCCUUAACUGUGUGGCAGAGUUUCCCAGACCGAAUUGUUGGUUACCCAGCCCGAAGCCACUUCUGGGACAGCAACAAGGAGCGGUGGGGCUACACUUCAAAAUGGACCAAUGACUACUCGAUGGUGCUGACUGGGGCUGCCUUCUAUCACAAGUACUACCACCACUUGUACACCAGUUAUCUUCCAGCCAGUCUGAAGAAUAUGGUAGACCAGAUGUCCAACUGUGAGGACAUUCUGAUGAAUUUUCUUGUGUCAAGUGUCACUAAACUACCACCCAUCAAGGUCACCCAGAAGAAGCAGUAUAAGGAGACCAUGAUGGGUCAGAGCUCCCGGGCAUCUCGCUGGGCUGAUCCGGAUCAUUUUGCCCAGCGUCAGACCUGCAUGAACAAGUUUGCCAGCUGGUUUGGCACCAUGCCCCUGGUCCAUUCUCAGAUGAGGCUGGACCCGGUCCUGUUCAAAGACCAGGUGUCCAUACUGCGGAAGAAGUACAGGGAUAUUGAAAGACUAUAACGUUCUGGAGCCCCCUCUCCACUGGACACACCAAAGACAGAGUGAGGGGGCGGACACACAGAGUAAUGUAAUGCCGCUCCGUGAUUGCAUUAAUGAAUCACUGGAGAAGCAAAUAGGAUUGGGUAGAGGAGGAAUAUAAACUCCCAACAGAAGAGAACAGCACAUCCAUAUAUCUCGUCUGUUAUAUCCUUUGUACUUCCUCAGUUUCCCCUCUAUACCUUUUCUUGUGUGUGUGUGUAUAUUGGUGUACAGCUGAGCACACAAUAUGGCUGAGGACGUGAACGUACUUCACUUUGAAUUCAAGUGGUCAAUUUCAUGGGAGUUGUAAAUCACAGCUCACUGCGUCGGUGUCCCAGUGUAGUAGUGCGGCUCCGCCCCACUGAACAAGACUGUCUGUUCUGCUCUGUACACUAUGCACAGGUUCCUGAAAAGUUUUUCUCAACAGAAUUUAUUGAUAAUUAUGACUACGACAGAGGAUAACACUAUUUUGGAUCGCUAUUUUUUUAAUACAGUUAAUGAAUGCCCAGCACUACUCUUCUCUGGAUUGUUUUAAAACCAAUAGUGGAGUGGGUGAGGAGAAGAAAAAAAAAAGAGGACUGACAACCGCUCAACCAUCGUUGAGCUGAUAUUCACAGUGCCUCAAGUCAAUCUAGUGGCGUUGGAAUAUGGGAGUUAGAGGAAGGCGCGAUAAGAACCUUGAUUUUGCUGCUUUGUUUCGAUGGUUUCUAAUUUCAAUUUGUUCCUUCAAACAAACCUAAUUGUGAUUUUGUGCCACUCAGAACCUUUAGCGUGUCUCUUUUGGUCAGGCUCAUAUGUUAAGCGAGAGCCAGUACUUGAACAUGUGCUGGACUGAAGAACAGUGUAGGCUCAUAGGAGCUGCUUUGAUUCAGAGACGCUGAGCUCUCCAGUCAAGCCAACCACCAGUCAAGUCUACACAGAUAAUUGUUUAACAAGAGAUCAUUUGUGUUAUUUUCCCCCCUCUCGUAGACCCAAUUUAAUUUUGUCCAGUGACAAGAACCUGACACAGGUCGUUCAUCUUGAUGAGCUGGCAUUAUACUAAGUAGACUACAGUAUUUUAUUUUAGUUUUUACCUUUUUCUUUUUUUUUUAACUAAUAAAUAUGACACAACUCAAAACAUCUCUCCUCAGGCCUAAGGAGGGAUCUAAUCUAUUAAGUAAGUAUUCUCAGCCACGGUUAAUUAUGAGCUUUUCAGUUUCCAGUGCAAAUAUGUUUGAUAAUGACUGAUUUAAACAAAGUGCUGCUGUGAAAAUGAGUGUAUUAAAUCUGGUGUUCUGUAAUUCAGCAUGUCGCGUUAAUUAAAACGGUUCAUAUACGUUCGCCUUCUAAAUCUGAGAUGCAAAUCUCAUUUAGUGCAAAAUCUGUUAAUUGACGACCAAGUGUCGGUGGCACAUAAAAUUGGGUCUCUGCAGACGGAUCAGUAGGCUAAUUGGAUUAAACACAUUCUUUGUGUUUGGUUCCAGUAAUACUGUCAUACUUACUUUUUUCCCCCUUCUUUGGUUGGAUUUGUCAUAUCAGAUUGUCUGUAAAUGUAAAUUGAUGAACGUUGAAUGUGCACUUUUUGUUUUUAAAUCAUCGCCAAGUGGACGUUUCUGUCUUUGAAAUGUAUGCAGGGUUUCUGUGUGAAAUUCUGGAGGCGAAGAGUCCUCCUUCAGCAGCUUCAGCUUUAUUACUGUGGAAGAUAAAACAAUCAUUUCAAUGAGCUUCACAGACCCCAGUUUGUGCCAUUAGUUUCUUUGUAAAUAUUUUUUUUUUGUCUAAUAUGAGGAAUGCCAACUAUUCCCGUAUUUAUUUGGCUCAUCAAUAUAUUGUUUUUUUUUAAUUAAGUGUGUGAGGAAGGGGUCAACAAGAGGUGCGUACGAGUGGGAGACUGAGAAAUCAGCAUCGAGAAGGGCUGCAUGUUUUUCCUCCUCUGAAAAUGUGUAGCUUGAAAGUAAAUAAACAACCCUAGUAUUACUAAACAGUAAAUAUUUUACAGAGGAUAACAUUUCAGAAAUGAACUUGGUGCAAUAUCUAGGAAGACAUUUUCUUUUUCUUUUCUCUUUCCUUGUUGUUUGAGAGGGCGUGGGGUUACAUAUUGAUGUGCCUUCUGAAGAAAUACACUUACAAGUUUGUUUUUUUUCCUUCUGCCUUGUGCAACAAGCAGGUCCUCAUUUUCAUUACAGUAGCAGUUUGUUGUUUAUUUGUGUAAUCAAUAGCCAGUAACAUGUAAUGGCUCCCUAAAUACUGUUUACCACUGGAUCUGAUACUGACAUUCCUGCCUUUUCUGUUAAUUGAACAUUUCUCAAGACUUGGACUGACGCGUGCACUGCCUUGCAUUACUGUACCUGCGACGGCUCAACAGUGGCCGUCACAAGUAUGGUAAUGCAUGUAAUGCACAUACAGUAGGAACUUCACUCAUGCAUACACAGUAUUUAUCAGGCAGAAAUAUGUCUCAACUUAAUCACUGCCUGCCUCCUUCAUUUAUUCUGUAAUUGCAGGCCUAACUUUAUGGAGAUUCAACACGGGCAGAUAGAGGAAAAAAAUUCAACAUUUUGUAAGCAAAUUUUUUUUUAAUAAAAACAAAAAAAUAAAAUGUUUGAUAUAAAUGGA